AUGGGUAGACCAACAAAAGGUGCCAGCCGUGCCAAAAAACAUCGGUCUCAAGAAACGGAGGAGAUGAGAAAAGCACGAUUGAGAAAAAAUUCUGAUCGAAACAAUCUUAUGCGCUCUUUAGAGACACCUGAAGCGCGGGAAAUUCGUUUAGUUGCAAUGCAACAAUAUGUCAAUACUCGUAGGCGCCAAGAAACGUGUGAGCAGUAUGAGAAUAGACUGCACACAGUCCGCCAUCGUCUUGCCAACGAGUCCGCGCAGGAUCGUGAGCAUAGGCUUAAUUUGGUACGCUCUCGUCUAGCCAACGAGUCUUUAAAAGAACGUGAGCAUAGGCUAAGUUUGGUUCGCUAUCGUUUGGACAACGAGUCACUAGAGGAGCAAGAGCAUAGACUCAGUUUAGUGCGCUCUCGUCUAGAUAACGAGACCCUAGAAGAGCGUGAGCAUAGGCUAAGUUUGGUGCGCUCUCGUCUGGAUAACGAGUCCCAAGAGCAGCGUGAGCAUAGGCUCGGUUUGGUGCGCUCUCGUCUGGAUAACGAGACCCUAGAGGAGCGUGAGCAUAGGCUAAGUUUGGUGCGUUCUCGUCUGGCUAAUGAAUCCCUUGAGGAGCGUGAGCAUAGGCUCAGUUUGGUGUACUCUCGUGUGGCCAACGAUUCCCUUGAAGAGCGUGAGCAUAGGUUGACUUUAAUACGUGAUCGGAUUACAAACGAAUCCAUGGAGCAGCGGGAAAGAAGACUAGCCAGUAUGCGACGUAUUUCUCAAAAUCUGCGUUCAAUGAAUGAUCAAAACUUUUUGAACACUAUCAACCAAUUCGCUGAUGAGGCUUGUACGAUCUGUAGAAAAUUAUUGUAUCCAAAGCAGCGGACAUCAUUGGCAGUUGGGUCACGAUCUCAUUUACUACCACAAGAGAUAGCAGCGAAGCAAAAACUUACAGUGUGUUCCCGAUGUUCCACUAACAUUAGAAAAGGUAAAAUACCUUCUCAAGCCUACUGGAACAACAUGGAAUUAACACCUGUGCCUCAAGAACUAACUAGUUUAUCGGAAAUAGAGCAAAGGCUUUUGUCAAGAAUAGUUCCAUUUUUGAAAAUAAUUAAAGUUAAUAACCGGUUCAGUCAAAGCUGGUGUAAAGGACAAGUAAUUUUAUUUGCUCAAGAUGUGAUAGAAUUGGCUGAACAGUUGCCCUUGCCUUUAUCUCAAGCUGGUUUGGUACUUGUAGUAGAAACGAGAGAAAAUUUGGACUACCACAAGGAAUUUGAAUUAAGGCCUGACUGCCUUGAAAAUUUAAGUUUAGCCGAGUUUGCUGUCCGUUAUGAAAAUGUGUCAGGUUUAACAUAUACUGAAGAUGAUGGGGACAGCGAACUACGUGAGCAAGAUGUUCAAACAGUCAGAUACAUCACUCUGCGCGACAAUACGAAAAUGCGAAUAAGAAAUAAAGCAGCAGUUCUUAGACAUCGAUAUUUUACAUUAAACAGCGAUCGCGAUGGUUUUUAUUACAAUUUGAUAGUAUUACAUAUACCUUUUCGCAUUGAGAGCGACUUAAUGAGGGAGGAUGAGACACCUGAAGCUUGUUUUUUACGACGUCAAACAGAGUUAAGGCCUCUCAACCAAAAUCAAUCAGCGGAACAAUUUGCUCACGCAGAAGUUGUUAUUCAACAGGCUCUUGCUCAAGCUGUAGCUCUUAACGCAUUCAAUACUGAAGCUUCUGAGAGAAUAACAAGAGAACCUGCGAAUAUAUAUGCAGACGAUCAAAUUGAGCUACAUAAUGAAGAUGAUGAUUUUGAUGAUAAUGACAAUAACCCUACUGUUAUGCCAGAUGACGUAUUUUUAGAUGGGAUUCAAAGACUAAAUAUACAGCAAAAAGAUUUAAUGAAGCGAGUGUCUGAAACAAUCCAAAAAAAUUUGCAAGACGAUCCAGCUUAUCAACCAUUACUAUUAUUUAUAACUGGUGGUGCUGGCAGUGGAAAGUCUUUUCUAUUAAAAUUAAUCGUGGAGCAAGUUCGGCGAUGUUAUGCUCCUACAGUAGACCCGUUACUUCAGCCAAUUUUUGUUGAAGUAGCGGCUCUAACUGGAGUUGCUGCAAAACAAAUAAAUGGGCGGACUCUUCAUUCGGUUUUCGCAUUACCAAUAGAAAAGGGAAAUACCAUGUCCUACAGUAAAAUGACUGGCGAGAGAUUGGAAAGGGAAAGACGAAAGUGGCGAUAUAUUCAAUGGCUCGUUAUUGACGAAAUCUCGAUGGUGUCAUAUGAGAAUUUUCGUAAUAUUCACUUGAGGCUGCAAGAAUUUAAAAAUAACAGCUUAUUGUUUGGCGGCAUAAAUGUUUUAAUAUUUGGUGACAUAAUGCAGCUGCCACCUGUUAAAGGACACUGGUGCUUUGAGCAACCACCACGGCUAAGUGCCGAAAUACAUUUGUGGCGUCAAUUUUCGUUCUGCGAAUUGACUAUCAAUAUGCGGCAAAGGGCUGAUGUGGAAUUUAUUGAUCUGCUAAAUAAUUUAAGGUUUGGCGAGCUGACUACAGCGCAAUUAGAGUUAUUGUGUGAAAAGCGACACACAAGUUUGACAGGAAAUUUUGCAGACGGCGCUGCAGUCAGAAUAUUCCCAACUCUCAAAUUAGUAGAUGAGUACAACUCUCGAAUGACAGAGUCCCUGAUAAAGGAAUCUCGGGUCUACGUUAUAAACGCGGUUGAUGAGUCCCGAGAAGCGGCUACUUAUGGUAAACGCCCGCCUCAUAAUGUAGUUCCAGUGGACCCAAACAACUGUGGGGGCCUAUUAACUUCUUUAAAAAUCGGAGUUGGCUCACGCAUUAUGUUAAGAAGAAACAUUUCAGUAUCAGAUGGACUAGUUAAUGGGGCAAUGGGCGUAAUCAAAAAUAUUAAGUGGCCGGCGCUCCGGCGCGAUCAAUUAGAAGCUGGUGAGCUACCCGAAGCCGUACUGGUCCAAUUUGACGAUGAAACUGUGGGUCGCAGAGUUAAAGACGCAGAAGGCUUUGUAUCUAUUGCGCCUACAUGUGCAACAUUUCAGGCUAAUAAAGGUUACGGUGACGUAGAAAGGCGAAUGUUGCCUAUAAUACUUAGCUGGGCAGUAACAGUCCACAAACUGCAAGGGACAACAUUAGAGAGGGCAGUUAUCGACCUUGGUAAAAAGAAUUUUGCAAAAGGUCAAGUUUACGUGGCUUUAAGUCGUGUAAAAAAUUUAGAUGGCAUUGCAUUAUGCGACUUAGAAUCAUCCAAAUUGUUAAAUAGACCACACGACAAUAAGGCAUUCACUGAAAUGCAACGACUUAGACAAUUAUAA